CUCAAACAUAAAUGUUAUCUGUAUGGAUGUUUGGCGCGCUUUUCAACCAAAGAAAACCUCGAUAUCCAUGUUGCCUGUCAUAACACAUCAAACGAGGCAUUUACUUGUACCCAGUGCGAGAAACACUUCGAUUCCUGGCAAUUGCUGCGAGUUCAUCUGCACCGCAAACACGACAUUGACCUAGAUCUAAUAUCGUGUGAUGUUUGUGGUUUUAAAGUGGACACAAUGAAUAAAUUGCGCGUGCAUAAAGAAAUCCACAGUGAUUCUAGGCCAUACACAUGUGACAUUUGUGGUAAAGGGUUCCGACAAUACAGUCAGAUGAAAAAUCAUCAACAAGUCCAUUCCGAAUACCAGAAAAAGGUAGAGAAAGACAUGACCUGCCCUACAUGUCAACGAAACUUUGUGAACAAAAAAUGUCUUUUAAAUCACCAACAUCAAGUGCACAGCAACGAAAAAAAGUUUAAAUGUAACGUGUGUCCCUAUGCAUCUACGAGAAAGGCUAUGCUGGACUUACAUUCUAGAAUCCAUACUGGAGAGAAACCAUUUAAAUGUGAUCUAUGUGCCUAUGCUACCGGUGACCACAAUUCUUUGAGACGACACAAGAUGCGCCACACGGGACAAAAACAGUAUAAGUGUAGUUUUUGUCCUUAUUCCUGCAUUCAGUCGGUGUCACUGAAAUCACAUCUUCGUAGCAAACAUCCAGGAAGCGACAGCAACUUCUUCUGUGAGGACUGCAAUUUUCAAUCCGUUAGUAAAAGUGCUUAUGAUAACCAUAUUCAAGAUCACAAGAAUGGCCGAAUU